GUUAGAAAAUAAUAAUACAUUUUUUGGUUAAGUGCUCCAGAUGUGCGCUUUAAAAUAGUUACCAAUGAAUAUUUUGACUCUACGAUAGUAAAUGUGGAAUGAGUCGUUGGAAGUUGCGUUCUUCGAUACGAUGGAGUCAACAGUGGAGGAAGUGAUGCACAUGCUGUCUGGUGAAAUAGACAUCAAAGAGGAGGCAAUAUUGACUGACACCUACUGGCGACCACUUGAAGAAUUUGAACAUAAUGACAUUAAAGAAGACCAUGUUGAAUGGCAAACUCCUGAUGGUUUUGAUGUGUGUGACCCACUACGUGUUCAGAAAGAGGAAUGGGGAAUUUUUGAAGAUCUUGAUGCAUGUGACUCAUUACAGCUUAAGGAGGAGCAGUUGGAGAUUCCAGAAGAUAUCGAUGCCUGUGACUUACUAAAGGUGACGAAAGAGAAGGUGCUUGCAGUGUUAGUUUCCACCUGUUAA